AUGGUUACCCAUCGCACAGGGAUUACACCCGUGUACUUUCACACAUCCUUAAACCACCCUAACGUGGUGGCUGUGGUCGAGGUGGUCACCGAAGGCCGGAAGCGGGACGGCUCCCUCCAGGCUCUGUCAUGUGGGUUUGGAAUUCUUCGGAUCUUUGGCAACAAGCUGGAAUCUCCUACCUCUGCCUCCCAGGACAAGCGGUUGAGGCUGUAUCACGGCACCCCCCGAGCCCUCCUGCACCCGCGGCUCCAGGACCCCGUCGAACAAAACAGACACAUGACCCUGCUUGAGAGCUGUAGCCUGCAGUACGCCCUCCGGCCCCACCCGCUCCUGGAGCCUGUGUUCCACCUUCUUCCCGAGAACCUUCUGGUGUCUGGUCUGCAGCACAUACCCGGCCUCCUUCCAGCUCACGGAGAGAAGGGGGAUGCCCUCCGAAAGCCUCGCCUUCAGAAGUCUGUCACGUGGUACUUGGACGAUUUAUUCUUCACGCUGUAUCCUUCCCUUGAGAAGUUUGAGGAGGAGCUUCUGGAACUCCUUAUCAGCGAUCACUUCCGGGAGGGGGGCAUUCCGCUGGACGGCAGCGCGCUGGAGAUCUUGGAGCGCCGCCUGCGCGUGGGCGUGCACAACGGUCUGGGCUUCGUGCAGAGGCCGCAGGUGAUGGUGCUGGUGCCCGAGAUGGACGUGGCCUUGACGCGCUCUGCCAGUUUCAACAGGAAAGUUGGCUCCUCCUCGAAGGCCAGCUCUGGGAACCAGGCUCUGGUUCUGAGAAGCCGCCUCCGCCUCCCUGAGACGGCCCGUCACCCUGCGUUUGCCGCCGUCUUUCAGCUGGAGUAUGUGUUCAACGGCCCUUCCGGACUGGACGGCAAGGCAGCCUCGGUCACCUCUCUAUCCAGCGUGGCGUGUAUGCACAUGGUUCGCUGGGCUGUCUGGAACCCCUUGCUGGAAACCGGCUCCGGGAAGGUGAUCUUACCUCUGCAGGGUGGGAUCCGGCCCAACCCCUCGCGCUGUCUGGUCUAUAAAGUACCCCCGGCCAGCAUGAGCUCCGAAGAGGUGAAGCAGGUGGAGUCGGGGACCAUCCAGUUCCAGUACUCGCUGAGCCCCGAGGGACACCUGGACACAGCCACGGGGCUCGUCCACAGCCCUGAGGCAGAGCGGCAGCCUUCCAGGAGGCCACCCACAUCCCCUGCAAAUGAGGAGACCGAGCUGUCGCUCUCCCAGCUGGCGGCUCCCCCACGGUCCCCCACUCGGUGCCGCUCGGCCACACCGUCUUCCCGGCAACCUGACAGCUCUGCGCGCCCCCUGGCCCAGGAGGGGCUCCCCUUAGAGGGCAGGAUCUCUCACCUGGAGGCCCAGCUGAGCCAGGCGUCCUUGGUCCUGGGAGCCUCCGUUGCGGAUCAGCUGCGGGAGCUGCCUUUCACGCCAGUGCACACCCCGAUUGUCGUGGGAGCCCAGGCCAGGAGCUCUGGAAGUAAGCUCUCGCGAGCCUCAAUGGUGCUCCUGCAGGCUUCCGGCUUUCCCGAGAUUCUGGAUGCCAAUAAGCAACCAGCUGAGGCUGUAAAUCCUACAGAUCCCGUUAAAUUCAACCCUCAAAAGGAAGAAUCAGAUUGUCUACAAAGCAACGAAAUAGUGCUGCAGUUCCUCGCCUUCAGCAGAGUGUCCCAGGACUGCCAGGGAGCGCCGUGGCCAAAGACCGUGUAUUUCACCUUCCAGUUCUACCGCUUCCCACCCGUGACCACUCCACGCCUGCAGCUGGUUGGGCUGGACGAGACGGGCAGGACACGCUCUGGUUCCCUGUUGCACCUCCUCGUUCUCACUGACAAGGAUGACUCCUCUGAAGCUGGGCCUCCUGGCUUUCAGCUCAAGUACCUGGUGGAGCCUGGCUUCCUGAAACCUGGAGAACAGCGCUGGUUCACCCACUACCUGGCCACCCAGACCCUACAGAUCGACGUCUGGGAUGGAGACUCCUUGCUCCUCGUGGGAUCUGCGGCCGUCCAGAUGAAGCAGCUACUCCGCCAAGGCCGGCCGGCUGUGCAGGUCCUGCACGAGCUUGAGGUCGUGGCGACCGAAUAUGAACAGGACGUGGUGGUGAGUGCAGAUGUGACCCGGUUUGGCUGUGUCAAGCCCAUUGGUGUCUACACGGUGGUGAAAGGCUGGCUGCAUCUGACGCUGGCCAAUGUGGGUCACGUGUGUGAGCAGAGAGUGAGAAAUUCCGGCUCGUUGCCACCUUCCAGGUCACGGGUCAUCUCGAAUGAUGGAGCCAGCCACUUCGAGGGAGGCAGUCUCCUCACGCGCGGGGCUCGGAGACCAGUAAAAAAUGUGGUUCAAGCACAGAAGCUGGCUGACGUGGACCGUGAGCUGGCCGCCAUGCUGUUCACGCACACACAGCACAGGAGCAAGGGGCCCCAGGGCGCCGGCCACGAAGGGGACGCUGUCCGCAGGCGCAAGCUGGAGCGGAUGAGGUCCGUGCGCCUUCAGGAGUCCGGAGGAGAGCUCAGCUGCUGGGGCGCCAGCAUGUUGGCUCAGCAGAGCAUCCGUGCACAGCACGCACGCGACCUGCAGGUCAUUGCUGCCUAUCGGGAGCGCACGAAGGUGGAAAGCAUCACCAGCGCGCUAAGCCUGGCCAUCACCACCAAGCACACGAUCCACGUCACACUGGGCACUGCCGAGUUCUUCGAGUUUGCCCUUAGGAACCCCCACAACAUGCAGCACACAGUGACCAUCGAGGUGGACAAUCCCGAGCUCAGCAUCAUCCAGGACAGUCGGGAGUGGAGGUACUUCAAAGACGCAGCCAAGCUGCACACGCCGGUGGAGGAGGAUAUGUUCCAUCUGCGGGGCAGUCUUGCCCCGCAGAUCUUCCUGCGCCCGAGGGAGACCACCCACAUCCCCUUCAGAUACCAGACCUUCUCUGUGGGGCAGCCGGCCCUGGUGCAGGCCUCUGCUGAGCUGCGAUCUGAGAAGGGCACGGACGCCAGGUCGCCCCAGAAGUCCAGUGCAAUGCCCACUAAGCAUGCCAAGAUAAGGACUUUUAGCCUCGCCGUGUGCCACUGUCCCUGCCCCCGAUCAGCAGCAGACCCUCCGAGUCGCCUAGUGUCCAUCCUGUGCUUACUUGUCUUCUCACGUGUGGUUUGGGUGAGUCCGGGCCCACUGACUCCAGGGCCCCGUGUCUUCUCUCCCCUCGGGUUCAUUGCCCACACACAUUUUCAGGGUGGGAAAUGGGGAAAUUCCACUUCUUUCAUUCUUCCUGGACUUGUUAGCUGGGAUUCUGCCAUAAACAAGAAUUUCCCCACCAGCAGUUUGGUUGCCCUGAAAUACACUUUAUACCAGAAAGUCAGGAUAAGUGUUGGAUUCUUUCAUUUUGUUUAUCAGUGUUCAGAGUAAUGAAUUGCGCCCUGGCAACCUCCAGAGGCGGUCAGUGUUUGGAGUCUCAGUAUGAACGCACAGGGGUAUGUUUGCUGCUUCUCGUCUGAGGCAGGCACUGGGCGCUGAACUGCUGCUCUCCGCCACCGCCAUCCCUUUCAAAGCACUGUUGUUUUUUUGUUUUAAAGAU